AUGCGGCUAUCGUCACUACGAGAGAAGGCUUUUCGCCUGAAGCACAUUCCCCACGGGAGCUUAGAAACACAGCUGAGAAGAUGUCUGACCACUACGGACAUCACCCUUCUCGGCAUUGGCCAUAUGAUUGGAGCUGGAAUCUAUGUACUCACAGGAUCUGUUGUUCGUAAUACGGCUGGUCCAUCUAUUGUGCUAUCCUUCUUACUCGCUGGAAUCGCCUCCUUACUGUCCGCACUCUGCUAUGCCGAAUUUGGUGCUAGAUUUCCAAAAGCAGGCAGUGCCUAUACUUAUGCUUAUGUUAGUGUUGGCGAGCUCUGGGCUUUUGUAAUUGGUUGGAAUAUCAUCUUGGAGCAUAUGCUCGGAGCAGCGGCUGUGGCUCGUUCUUGGUCUGGCUAUUUGGACUCCUUGCUAGGGAAUGUUAUCUCUAACACUACCAUUGAACGAGUAGGACGUAUCCAGAGCUCGUCCUUCUUUGGUGAUUAUCCUGAUGUGGUCGCUUUCAUCCUCAUAGUCGUCGUUGGAAUCUUUGUUGCCAUGGGUUCGAAAGCUUCCACCAAUUUCAAUUCAAUGUUCACCGUUGUGAAUAUGUUUGUCAUAGUUAUUGUGGUUGGCUAUGGUAUAACAUUCGCAGACUUUUCGCUAUGGAGUGGCACUGAUGCUGAGGGUAAAUCAAAUUUCUUCCCAUAUGGCGUGAAUGGUAUGCUGGCCGGUGCAGCGUCAUGUUUUUUCGCCUACAUCGGCUUCGAUGGACUAGCUACCGCAGGAGAAGAGGCUAAAAACCCAUCCCGUUCCAUACCAAUCGCAACAUUUGCAUCGAUGACCGUCGUUACAUUUGCUUAUAUUGCGAUGUCAGCAUCUCUAACGCUCAUGGUGCCAUACUAUCAGGUGCACCCCACGGCCGCAUUCUCAGACGCAUUUGCACUUAGAGGUUCUAGCCUGGCCAAAUUUGCAGUAUCGGUCGGAGCACUUUGUGGAAUGAUGACUAGUCUGGUUGGCGGUAUGUUCGCAUUGCCUCGCUGUGUGUUUGCAAUGGCUGAAGAUGGUCUAUUGUUCGAUUCAUUAGCCCACGUGAAUGGCAAAACGCAGGUGCCAAUAAAUGCAGUGCUCGUGUUCGGCUCUAUGACAGCAAUUAUCGCAUUAGUUUUCGACAUUGAAACGUUGGUCGAGUUUCUCUCAAUAGGCACGCUUCUUGCCUAUUCAAUCGUCUCAGCUUGCGUGAUCAUACUUCGUUACCAACCAGCUCGUUAUCAAGAAGAUGGGGCAUUCGAUAAUGGAGGAAGACUACGCUUCACAAUUCCUGGCAGUGGAAUUCUGGAGAAGCUGGAUCCAGGCCACGCAGUUCACUAUGGUGUAGCAGUGAUGAUGGUUGGCUUUGUGGGAGUUGGGCUUUGUUUCAGUUCAGGACAUAUCGAUUCGAAAAUGGGAAUGGCGACAUUAUCCUUUUUUGCUGCAUUGGCCAUAGUUUCACUAAUAUUCAUCAUGUGUCAUCAUCAAAAUUCUACACAACUGGAUUUCAAGGUCCCGCUGGUUCCACUUGUUCCAGCCCUAAGUUUGAUGAUUAAUACUCUGAUGAUGUUACAUCUGGCACCGAUCACAUGGCUUCGGAUUGUUGUUUGGAUGACCAUAGGUAUGAGUAUCUAUUUUGGAUAUGGCAUUCGUCAUUCACACGAAGAGGUAUUGCCAUCGUCCCCAGAGGCUCGUUUUUCGAAAAGCAGCACAUAUGAUUCGGUCGUAUCGACAGCAACAGCUGCGUCGUCGUAA